AUGGAGCCAUCACCUAAAAUAAGAAAACUGCACUCUUGUUCAAUCGAAGGAAAUCCGUCUUUAUCGCGAGAACUGAGUGCUUCUGAAGCCGCGUUAUACGAUAGACAGAUUCGUCUAUGGGGAUUAGAAGCUCAGAACAGGUAUAAUUAUUUUUUUAGUUUCUUAAUUUUAGGGGUUUCGACAUUUAUUCGCACGUUUUAUUUCUGUACUUCUUAGUUUUUCCUUAAUUUUAUUAAAAAACUAAAUUUAGGAUUCGUGAGUCUGCCGUGCUUAUUGUUGGAUUGAGUGGUCUUGGAGCUGAAGUGGCCAAGAAUUUAAUACUGUCAGGACCAAAAUCAGUAACUUUAUUGGAUGAGAAAGUUGUCACGGGUGACGAUUCGCUGUCUCAGUUUAUGAUGAGCUCGGAGUUUCCGCACAAAGCCGUCAAUGCAAGUUUUUGAAAGAUUUUAGUUAUUAAAGUGAAUUUAUUUAAAAAGUUACGGUUUUUUGGUUGACUUUUUUAUUAAUAUAUUUAUUAUAAUAACAUAGCUGUAGCUAGAGCACUAAACUAAAUCAUAACAAUAAUAGCUUUGUUUAGCGAGCCGAAGCUUCUGUGGAGUUUUGCAAAAAAUUGAAUCCUUUGGUGGAGAUAACGGUCGAAACUACACCUCUCUCUGAUCAACCACGAAGCUUUUACAAAAAGUUUGAUCUCAUUUUGUGCAUGGACCAAGAUUUCAUUGUGACUUCGGAGGCGAAUUUGAUUUGCAGGGAGGAAGGAGUGGCUUUUAUUGCCGGCUCAGUUUUUGGUUUUGCUGGGUAUGGAUUUUGUGAUUUUACAGGAAGAGGAUUUAUGGUGUAAGUUUUACAGUUGAAACACUUAUUAAUUCUGCUUUGUUUAAAGUAGGGGAGCAAUAUUUUGCAACUGUUUGUGCUUUCUUAACAACGCACUCGGCUAUAAAUUAAAAUAAAUUUCUCUUAUUAUAUAUUUCAGUGAAAUCUCGAUCAGGGGCGUCGCUACGGAUUUUCCCUGGGAGGGAGAGGGAGGUAGAAUUUUUUUUGUCGUUUUUUUGCGUACCUGUGAAAUUUUCGAAUCGGCUCUGGAGGGGUCGGCAUAUGUACAGUUUUUCGUAGGGGAUUCAAAAAAUUGCUAUAACCGGGGUUCCGUUUUAAAAAAGUCUUAUUAGUUUUUUUUUACUGUAUUUUACUUUUUAGAAAGAAGAGAAAACAAGUGGAAACCGCCGAGCUAGAUGUUAACGUAGGGGAUGGUCUGGAAACUGAGGAGUCAGAAGACGAUGGUAAACGGGUUGAUGUUGUUACGUUAGAAUCAGAAGAGGAAGAAAAAGAGAUGGUUGUAAGUCGUGUAAAUGUUUAAAAGUUUGUGUUUGUUAUACGCUAGGUUGACAAAACAGUUAACUGUUUUUAGUUAUUUCCUUUCCCGACAUUUUCUGAUGCUUUUGACGUGUCGACUAAGCAUUUGUCAAGAAGACUGCGAAAUUUGGUUCCCAGGUCAUUUUUCUUGAUUAAAAGUAAGUUUUUUCUAAUUUAAUUUUGUUUUUAUUCUUGUUUAUAACUUUUUAUUAAUAUAAGAUAUAUAUACUAGUCUUUAGUCACGUUUGAAACUUUCAGCGUUGUUAAAAUAUAAUGGGUAUGAAGAUGAAGCGUUAGAAACGGAGUACAGGAAACAACUUGAUGCAUUUAGUCAUUAUAAUGCUUCUGACGAAAGUGUAUUUACCGAAUUCAGACUGUGAGUUUUAUCGUAGAAACAAAGGGUUUGGAGAUUUUCAGAAAUGUUGAGUGUUAUUUUAUUAAUGUUGUCUUUUGAUAUUUUUGAUGUUAUUAAUAGAGUAUAUUCAGGUUUACUGGGCCUCAGUUAGGUGCGACAUGCGCUAUCAUUGGUGGACUUUUGUCCCAAGAAGCCAUUAAAGCCAUAUCACUGCGAGGAGAACCAUUCAGAAACGUUCUAAUCUACACUCCACUUGAUGCGGCAUUCGUGUUCUUAAUGCCUCCGAAAUAA